AUGUCUGCCGACGCUAUACCCUUCACCAAUGAAAGCGUAAUUGAACCGAGGAAAAUUGUAGACCUUUUCACCACCUCAUUUGCUCAGAUUUUAGACUCUGAAGAUUUGACUGAGCACAUUCAAUCAGUCAAAAGAGAAUUGUACAAUAGAGACUACCUUUCUGCGUUCAAUUCUGAUGACAAAAGGUUGGCAUAUGUAGCAAGAUGGACGCCUGCUAGAUCAUUGGCUUACUCUUCGCUUUUCAGCACAUUGAAUCCGAUAAGAGAGAUCUUCACCGAUCUGACCAAGUCUUCUAAGUGCUUGUGCAUAGGUGGAGGUGCUGGUGCUGAACUUGUGGGGUUAGCAUCGUUAUUUUGCAGACUUAAGGAGUACAGCUCCACGUCAGAGUCAAAUAUCGAAGUCGUGGCCAUAGAUAUAGCAAAUUGGUCACUGAUAGUACGUGCAUUAACAAACUAUAUAAAACAUAACUGGAUCUACGAUCAGUCUAAAUUCAAUUCUACAUUCAUCCUUGGGGAUAUAUUGACAUCAACCGAAUUGACAUACUCUCAGUUUGAUUUAAUUACCUUGAUGUUCACAACUAAUGAGUUAUUUUCAGAAAAAAGACAAGAAACCAUCAAGCUUUUACAGGCGUUGAACAAAAACUGUAAGAAGGGUUGCAAGUUGCUCAUAACAGAGAGUGCUGGUUCGUACUCGAAUAUUACCAUCGGUACCAAGCAAUUCCCUGUGCAAUUCUUAAUAGAUAUGGUUCUCAUAGGGAAACCAGGUACCAAUAGUGGUGCAUGGGAAGUAGUGGAGCAAAGUGACAGUUGCUGGUUCAGGAUAAACCCUAAGGAUGUGCCGCUGUACCCCAUGAAGCUAGAGAACAUGAGAUUCUUUUAUAGGUUGUAUAUUAAGAAGUAG